CUGCGGCGACAGCAGUCCUCGAGACGACCAAUUCUGCCUCCCCGACCUCCUUCCGCGCCGCAAUCAACACACCGGAGAUGGUGAUGCAGAUUCUCAACGGUACCGUGCCGGACUCUUCCCCCGCCGGCCGACGCCUGCCCGCCUCCUCAUCGGUGUUUGAAGACCGUUCCCGCGUCAAACGGCGAGUUGGUCGGCUGACUGAUGGGGGAGAGGAGGUGGAGGAGGUGGGCUGUUACAGUCCCCACCGGGGCGGGGCCCGCUUCGGUCGCCCCGCCCUGUCAGCAGCUGUCUCCAACGGCUCGCUGGAAUUGCCCCAGGGGGUCCUACUCAGUCGUAGGCCGCCACCUUUCGUCAUCAGCGAAUCCGAGUUCGAUGAGGAGGAGGGGGAUGAAGAGGACGUAGAUGGCGAAGGAUAUCCCGUCGAGUGAGUGCUGUAUUCAGUCUUGGCCAGUCGGUCUCGCAGUUGGGCGUGGGUUCUUGUGGCUUAUCAGAUUUGGCCGUCCUAGCUGCAUGUUUGUUCCUUACCCCUUCUGUCUAAAUUGAACCUUCAUGUUAGAAUUAUAGGCAUAGGCGACCGUUUUUAGCAGAUUUCAAUAUUCCGGCCCACGGACUGCUGUUGAGUGACUCAUAACUGUGUGUGUAGGAACGGUGACGCGCGCGGGCGCACGCGUGAAUUAGUUUAUGAUACUAGUGGACUUGCACAGCACCUGCCGCACUCUCCCUUCCCUUACCCCUCUCCCCCACGAGCCCCGUGUCAAGACAGAGUCAAGGAGAUCGGAGGCGGAGCUAGGGCGCAUUGGUUGACGAAACCAGACAGCCCAUGCUUGCGUUCUGCACACCCCUGGUCCGCGCACAAUGGACUAGGUCUUCACAAAAACAGGGACAGGCUCGAGUAUCAACUGGUGCAAGUAGCAGAACCCUGCAGGGCCUAUUGAAAUGCCUGGAGUGUUUACACUUGGAAGGUUGCUCACCGACGGGAUAAAGCGGUCGCCCUGUGGGAUCAAAAUAAGGGCCACAGUUGCUCCUUAUCAACGUGGUUUUUUGUGGUACUUUUCUGCAUUCAUGAGAUCCGUGGGUUGUUCUGUCGGUUCUUUUGACUUUGUCGUGCCAUUUGAAUAGGACGCGUGUUUGGCGAGAGAGAGAGAGAGAGAGAGAGAGAGAGAGAGUGAAAUAAGGGUUGCGUAAGCCACCCUCACCAAAUGCCUAAUUCAAACGCAAAUCAGCGCUGCACCUCUACUCCCACCUCCGUGGUUUUUGCCGCUCCUCGGCGUUUUUCCUGGAAGACGUGUCGCGCAUAGAUGGCGCCAACCGUGUACUCCUACGCCUAUGAUAAUACACAAUUUAAGCCUGGAAUAAGUCAUCCCAUUAAUCAUUGAACGUGCAUUCUAACGCUGGUCUAUGGCAUGGGCUCUAUUUCGAGAACAGCUUGCGUGAUAUUAUAUAAACUCUAAGUGAACAUUUUUUUCGAAACACUGUGAUCCAGCAAAAUAAAUCACAACUCCUUUUAAAAACUAAGACAAUCACAAAAGCAACGUAUUUAUUUCCAUUAAGUAAGUCUUAUCGAACAUUUGCGACUUCUUUGUCCUGACACCUGAGAAAAUGCGGAAGAAAGAGAACUGCGGAUUUUCGACACACAUGGAAUGUGGCCAGAAUCACCUGCACCCCGACGAAACCUCUGCACCGACAUUCGGUCGAAAUUCUGUGGAUGUGCUUCGUUUGGUGGAAAUUGACCACUGAAUUCUGGUCAUCUAUGAGGUCUAAAAGAACGAACUUUGUCAUUCAGUCAUAAAGGGUUUUUUAGUAUUCUUCUGCGCGACAGGCAAUUAUGAUUUCCGUUUGAUGAAAUCCGAUUCAAACCUAUAUUCCACUUAGGUCGCGCGUUUUCUAGUAAUCGGUUUAGAGCCACCAUGCCAUCGGCUACCUGAGUCGUAUUGGGAGUACGGUGCCUGAUUUCGAGUGACGCUCCCUGACCUUAGUAAUUCUUUUUUAAGUAACUAAUAUUUUCAUAAGAAAGUCUCAGCACUCCAUGGCCGAAGCACGAGAAACGGCCUAUAAACCUGGAUGUUGUAACUGAGCCAUUUCCGUUUGCCCUUAAGCCAGUACGUUCAGAGUGCCAGACUGUAAUGCCCUUUAUGAUUUUUAUUACUCAUUUACGACAUUCCAUUAGAAGGAUGACAGCUCGCCGUUCCGUUUGGUCGAUGUGUGUACUUUUUUAAGUUGUGCUGUCGGCGAUUAGUGGCGUCAAUCGCUACGGAUGAGCAAAGGCAGGGGUACAAAAUAAGUACUGUUUUGUGGAAAAUAAAUUAAUUCAUGUCCGUAAGCAUAAAAAUUAUCGUACUUUUGAGGAAGUGAGAGAGAUGUUGGCAUUCCCCGCUUUUUAAUGCCUACCGUCUAGUAUCAGGUCUGUAUUUUAACCAUUUUUUCUGCCUGUUCUGGAUAUUAAACCCCAGUUCCAUUUGUUAAUUUCAGGGAACAACUGCUCACUCAAAAUCGCUUCCGAACUCAUACCACCCUGAAUUUGAAAAAGAACGCCCGUGAUGUUGAGACCCUGUAA